UAAAAAAUUAAUGAAUGGAAAAGUUACUAUAAUUUAACACCAAAAAUAAAUGGAAAAUUAUCUUGCAUGGCUACUCAUUCUCUAAAUAAUAGCAUAUGAGCUUCUUUUGACAGUAAGAGGAUUUUAUGCAAAUAGAUGUAUACAUAUAUCUCGAUCUUGGUAUUUAAAGGGACAAUUAGAAACUCAGUCAAGUUUACGCAGGUCUGGGAGCAUAUGUACAUUCCUAGAAAAGAAACGAUUAGUUUUAUUUUGAAAUAUAGAUAUAUAUACGAAUCUCUAUAAUGUAAUGGAAACUGCACCACACAGCAAAGAGGAUAUAUAGAUGACGGCUUGUAGAUUUCAACAACCAUGUGUGCUUGUCAUUUUGAGGACGACCCGUCCCCGUCCCAAUUCCGAUUAGAUAUAGAUAAUUAUUACCAGUUAGCUGAAGCUAUGGGGGACAGGAGACAUUCGGAGGAUGAUGAAAUCCCCAUACAGGUGGUAGCAGGUGAGGAGGACGAUGUUUAUGGGCAACUUGCACAAAAAGAAAGGGAUUUAGUUUUGGCUGCUGAAUUAGGAAAAGCUUUAUUGGAGAGAAAUGAUGAACUAGAAAGAAGGAAUGAACAAAUAGCUGAUGAAUUUGCUCAUAAGAUAGAGGAACUUCAACAGGAAAAAUAUGAACUUCAUUUGAAACUUGAAAAGACGGAGGUAGUAUAUGAAAAUACGAUAAAGGAAUUACAAUAUGACAUUUCACAAUUACGACAAGAACUUCAGACGCAGCAACAUUACAGUGACAAUGGAGAUAAAGCUGCCACAGAGAAAAUAAGAGAGCUUACUGUGCAAAAUGAACGAUUAAAGGAGGAAAUACGUCAGUCUUCAGUUCAUGAAGAAGGGCUUGUGGUUGAAAUGCAGGGUUUACGUGAACAAAUGUUGUGUCGGAAAUCGUCCAUGCAUUUUCAUGUUAGUCAGUUGGAGAUCCUUCAGGAAGAGAUUAACUUGCUGAGUAAAAGAAAAUGUGAGCUUGAGAAAAGAAUUGCCUUGAUAACAGAGGAAAGAGAUGGGUUAGCAUCAAGUCAUGAAGAAGGUCAGGAGAGAAUACUAAUGCUAGAGAGAACAAAGAGAGAAACUGAACAGAAGGUACAAAAUAGAGAAAGAGACAUCAUUGAGCUCCAGGAAACAAAUUUACAGCUCCAGGCUCAGAUUCAUCACCUUGCAUCAAGGUCAUCUACUCACUCCUCCCCCAUUAGUGGUCACAACCAAUCACAAACCUUGUUUAAUGAACUGUCACAACUAUCACCUAGCAACCAUGAAUCCCAACCCUUGAUGAAUGAACUUAUGUCGCCUUCAACACCACCUCCAGAUUUUACAUCUCAGUAUUCAUCAGAUUAUCCCAUGUCAUUAGCUGAGAUGAUGGAAGAAGAUGAAUUUGAGUGUGAUGACGAGGAUGUUUCCAAUGUUCAUAGAUCACAUGACCUGCUGACAGAAUUUACCGAGCCUCAAGCUUUAACAGACUCACAGUUUUUAUCUGAUUUUCAAGAUGCUUCCCAAGAUUACUGCACUGAUUAUGAGCUGAAAGAAGAAUUAGUGAAUGUGUAUUCCCAUUUGAAACAGCUAUGUAAAGAUUGUGGGAAACCAGUAGACAAGUACCCAGGUUGUUAUAAAGUGGGAUUCUUAUCUCCAUUGUUACAAGAUCUCAGAGAAGUCAUGCAGAACAUGGUCUCACAUAAAUCUCAUUUUGCAUGUAUUGAAGUCCAAACAAAUUUAUCAGAUGAUGAGGAAACCAUGGUAACAUUACAUAAACAAAUUGGUGAACUUAGACAUGAACUUGGUGAGGCUCAAAAUGACCUUGACAGGGUUAAAACAGAGUUGUCUGAACGUGAUUCCAAAUUGAAGACGAAAACCGAAGAGUUGAGUCAUUUGACCAACAAGGUAAAGAUUUCCAUUCUUGAGUUGACGUUACAACAUGAGGAACUGUCCCGAUUACAAGCAGAACGAGACAGACUUCAGGAUAGUACGAGGAGUCUUAGUCCUGAUGACCUCUUACAGGAAGCCAGAGAGGAUAGAGAUAUGGCUUUAGAAAAGCAGAAUAAAAUGGAAGUGGAGUUAGCCAAGUCAAAAAUGGACAUUUUAUCAAUGAAUGAGCAACUAAUGGAGGCCAUCCAACAAAAAGUAGCUUUGUCACAAGAACUUGAUCAAUGGCAGGUCUUCUAUUUACAGGUUGACAUGCAGGAUUUAUUAGAUUUCCAGUUCAAAGAAAGAAUAAAGGAACAAUCUGUGAAAGAACAAGUUUUAGAACAGUUGAAAAAACACAUUUCAUUAAGAAAAUCAAAGUCUACAUCAUUUCUUUCACGGACAAAACCGUCAUAGCAUCAAUGACAUUUAAAAGAAUAAAAACUUUGUGAUUGGCUAUCAACGUUCAAAACAAUGGAAAUUCAACCAAUCAUGUGAAGUUAUUUUUAUAUUAGGAUAUAAACAAUGAAAUAACCCACAGUUCUUGAAAUUCUGAAACAGGGAAUUAUGAAAAAAAAAUGAAAAAUUUGAAGAGGGGAUCAAAAUAUUUAUAGAAUAAUUGAAAAAUUAGGAAUUUCAUUGACUAUUUAUGAUAUCCAGUUUCUCCUGAAUUUAGGAAAAAUAGGGCACAUCAAGCAUGAAAACUUCUUUUGAUGAAACAUAUAGGGCAUAUCCAUUUUAUCCAUCCUGUUUCCUAAAAGACUUUUCCCCUGCUUACCUCUUUUCCAUAGUCGAGGAAACAGAAUAGUCAGAAUUUUAAGAAAAAAUUAACAGUUGGGACAUUUCUACAACUACUGGUACCUUUGCCAAAAGUUGAAUUUUACUAGUCUAGGAGUCCUGUAUUCUAGUCAUAAACAUUAUCAAUGUUUGAAACCAAGCUCAAUGUCCUUCUUUGUCAGAUGGCUCUGCUUUACACUGGAAGAUAGUAUUGUUCCUCAUAGACCACAGUUACUAUGGUAACUGAGGAAAGUUGAUCGAAGUUCAGGGAUGAACUUAAAAAAAUUCAAGAUGUCUAACAUUAGUAUGGUAAAAAGCUCAAGCCUCAGGUUCGAAAGUAGAAAAAGAUAUUUCAUUUUGUUAUCUCAUAAGUUGUCACCCAUUAUUUGAAUUGUUAGACAAUUAUUCCCCUUUGUGAAUGUUCUAGAAAAGGGUGAAAAAUGUCCAAGAUUACAUCAUAUCUAAGCAAAAGUAAAAACAUAAUUUUGUAAAAUAAAAAAAAUAAGUCUCAAAUCUCAGUGUCAACAAAAAAAGGCAUGAAGAUAAAGAGAGAAAAAAAUGUCUUCUAAAGAUAAGAAAAUAACUAAGGGAGGUUACUCUUUACCAAUUUUGAAUUAUGAAAUAAAGGAAUCAGAAUUGAAGAAAAAUAUUGUCUUUCAUAAUGCAUAAUCAGAUAGAAAUUAAUGAAUGUAAAUAAUAGGAAGAUUGAUAAUACCUUGUUAUGACGCCAAAACAGAUACCAGUGUGAAUCUCCGCUUUCCUGUUGUAAGGGGAGAUAAUUAAUAUAUAUUAUACUGCUUUGAGAAUUACUCGGGUAUUCAUGUAAAAUGUGCAAUGUUUGUAAUAUUGACAAAAUCAUGUAAAGUUUUUAAGUUGUAUUUUACUCAUUCCUAAAAUAUUGAUAUUUGAUUCAAGUAUGGUGAAUUUGAGACUUAAUUUGUCCAUAUUAUGAUAAAGUAGAAUAGAAUUUGAAAAAAUUUAGAGUAGUUCUAGAAAAAUAAAAAAAAAGGUUCAAAUUUAAAAAAAAAAUCACUCUGAUUGAAAAAUUGUAAGAAAAAGUGAUGAGAAUGAAUCAUACUUAAAAUGGCUUUACAUUGUUUUAUUAAUAGCUUUAUACAUGAGUAUAAAUCAUGUUUUUUAAUGGUGCUUAGAGCAAUUAUCUUGCUUACUAUGUAUAUUCCUGUUCUAUUUAUUUUUUCCUCUUGUUGACAUAAUAAUGUUAUUGACAGAGAUUGGAUGAAGAUAUGGCUUGUAUCGUGUAUUUCUGUGUUUACAAAAUUUUGCGUUAUGAUUUUUAAAAGAGCUUCCGUACGGUUUCUGUUUAUGUCACAAUGUCAGUUUUAGAAAUUGCCUUAUAGACAUGUCACCGUGUUACUUUUAAGAAAACUUUUUAAACUGAUCUGCAUUUCAGUUUCAAAUACAUGUAGUUUUAUAAAAGGUCUCAAUGUCGUUAUAUAAGAUACCAGGUUGCAGAGUUGCCAGCCAAACCUCUAAGAUCCUAGGAAGAAUGGACCAUUUUGGGGCCACAGUUAUCAUUGAGUUUGAUACCCUAGCCAAACAUUACUGUCUGCUGCUCCUUACAAGUUACAAAUGUAAAAUGAAAUGAAUGAUAAAAUGAAAAUAUAAAUGUGAAAAAAAUAGAGAUACUGGGAAGAAAAAAUUAAUGAAUACAUACAUACAGACAUGCUUCAUUGAAAUAAAGUUAUUAUGGCUUAUGGUAGAUCCUCAAUCCUCCAUUUCCUCAUAAUAUAGAAAAUAAAGAAAAAUGAAGAAGAAAAAAAUAAUAUGAAAAAACAAACAAAAAAAAAACAGAAAAAAGAGAGAAAUAAAAUAGGAUGAGAAUUAAAAUAGUGAGUUGCAAAACAGAAAAAUAUAAUGCAAGAUAUCUUCAUCCAAACUUUGUCAUAGCUGUAUUUGUGGUUACACAAGUUUUGUUACAUAGGAACAGACAAAUGUACAUUGUAAUGGAUUAUGUCCUGUUGGGUUAUUAGUUGUAUCCUUCACAAUUUAAAUCUUUUUUUCAAAUUCUUAAAAAAAUCAGGAAAUUACAACUUAUUUUUUGGUAAUGAAGAUAACAAUAUCCAUAGCUAAAGAAGUAGCUCAUAUUUGAUACUUUAGAGAUAAAAAUAUUACAUUAAUGGAAUUGAGAGUAAAUGGAAAUGGGGAAUAGGUCAAAGAGACAGCAACCCGACCAAAAAGCAGAUAAAAGCCAAAGGCCAUCCAGGGGGCUUCAGUGCAGCAAGAAAAACCUCACCCAGGGGUGGGGCUCAGCUGGCCCCUAAAUAAAAAUGAGUACUAGUUCAGUGAAAAUGGAUGUUAUACUAAACUCCAAAACAUAUAAAUGAACUUAAUCUAAACAUUUUAAGGUUCAUCUUUUAUUUAAAAUAAUUACGUAAUUUUGUAGUUACAACAUUGAUAGCCUUUCUCCAGGACUAUUCUUACAGUAGUACAUUUGUGUUGUUCCAAUAAUGUUGCUAAUGCUUGUUAUUUAUUUGUGGUUCAAAAUGUGAUAUAAACAAUUUGUGAAUCUGCAAUAAAAAUAAAUAUGUA